AUGAUCUUGGAACUUUUCUUCUUGAUCCUAUUCUUACUUGUCGAACCACCGAACACAAUAGGAGACUGCGAUUGUCAUUGUUCAUGUGGAAGAAAACACCAUUUACCCUCGACUUACCAUGGUACAAGUUCGACCGAGGAGAUCAAGUUGAAUGAUGAAGCUGUGACGCAAAAGCAUAAUCAGAAUGAAGAUGGACCUAUCUAUGUUGGCGGUGACGGUGACUGGAAUGAGGAAAGUCCCUCUAACCCAAUCGAAAGCUAUACAUCGAAAACACAUUACGAUGAUAAUGGAAGCAAGAAAGAUUAUUCAGGUCGACCUACACCACCUCAUCUGGUAGAUCGUGCGGUCUCGGGUCCGGAUUGGCAAUUAGCUCAUGGAAAUAAGAAGAUCAAAAAUGAUUUUUGGUGUGGACCAUGUCAUAAGAGAUUUGUUGAUUUAUUGGCUUUGCAACAACACACCUUCGCCGUCCACACUACCGGAGCUAAAUCCGGUAUGUCUUCGUCCACGCAAGAACAUCGUGCACCCAGUAACAUAUCAGUAUCUCCAGAAACCGAUAAACCUGUACCAAUCUGCGAAGUAUGUUCUGAGGAAGUUCCAAAUGCCUAUUCUCUUCGAACCCACAAAACCCUCAAUCACCCAUGGUCAGUAUUCUGCGCUGAUUGUCUGUUGACGUUCAAUCACGCUCAAGAUGCGGCGGACCAUUAUCAAUUGAUCCAUGGUGCUGAAUCGAAGAAAUUCGGUCGUAUUCAAAGUAUGUUAGACACUAUCAAAGGACCCAUCAAGUCCACCCUGCCUACGUCACAUGAACAACUCUCAUCAUCUUCGCUAUCAUCUUCAUCAAUUUCAUACACGUCCGAUUCAUCAAGAUCUGCGUCGAACCUCUUCAGCCGACAAAGUGAAAUACAUCUCCAGAAAACUUUUCCUAGUCAUACAGUUGGAACGUAUUAUGAAUGCGAAGAAUGUCAUAUGGUAUUCACAGAUAAAAUUGAAUUUGAAGCUCAUAACUCAAUCCCCUUGGUUCACGGUGGGCGUAUAUACCAAUCUGAAGACUUUCCUCCACUUGGUGUAUCAACCUCGCCUCUGAUCUCAUCUUCAUCAGCAGACAGCUCUACUGCAAAUUCAUCUAGUGAAGAAGUUACAGCUUGGGGUAUGCCAAGCUACACUAUGAAUGAAACAGAUUUCCCGCAGCUGAAUGACGGAGAGGGUUGUAGACCUCAAGCUAGACUUUCACCUGAGCCUCAAGCUGACUCUAGCGCAAGUGAAGAAGGACUGAUGAUGACCGAUGUCAAGAUUGGAAAGGUUCGGAUCGUCAAGGAGAAGAGGGGAGUCCAUCAAGAAAUUGAAAAUAUGAUUGGAUCAAAUAGCUUAGUGGAAUCAGAUGAAUUGGAAGAACAUCUGAUUAUCGACGAUGACGAUGAGGAAACUUAUGACCGAAAGGAUAGUAAUGACACGACUAUGUCGGAUUCCACAUUCGAAACGAUCACGUCAGCUCAACAAGCAAAAACUCCAAACGAAUGCAUAAUCAUGAAAACUCAGGUAGACAAUACCGACGAGGUCAAAGGCACAGAAGAAGCCAUCGAGUCCUCUUCAAUCUUGUCUGGGACAGACAUCAAUACCGAUCGAACGAUACCUUCACUCCAAACCAUCUCACCAAAACCUAUCAUACAAUCUAUUCCUUCUCACGUCAAAUUGACUCCUUACGCUCGUGCUGCACUUGCCUCGAGAUCACAGAUCGAGAUAUAUCCUCCUCCCAAUGACUUGUACGAUGAAAGUAAGGCAGAGGUAGAGCGCCAGAACAACGAAAAAGAAGAAAUACAACCUACUGUUAUAGGAGGUAUUGAAUGUCAAAUACCAUCAUUCUUCUUCCACCCUUCACCUUCAAAGAAAAAGGGAGUAGUCAACACACAUACUUCUACACCGCUUACGUUGAAAAGUGAUAAUGUAAAAGGCAAAGAGGAAGAAGAUCAAUGGUUAGCUUCACAAGAAGUAUAUGAAAUCACUGUUUCACAAAGACGACAGACUUUCUCUUUGGAUCUGGGUGCUCCAUCAAAUGGGAAUAGACCUAUACCUAAAUACAAACAACAGCAACAACAGCAGCGACAGCAAGCUUCCGAAAAUGGUAAAAAGAACAAAAGCAAACGGAAACCGAAAGAAAAGGAAACUUAUUUAUCUCCUUCUCAAAGAGAUGCAUAUGGUUCCAAAGAUAGGAAACAGGAUAAACAGUCUCCUCAACCUGCUCUACAGCCUCUUUUUGAAAGUGAAUGGAGUACUCUAUCUACCUCAAGUCAUUAUCCGACCGGAGGUAGAGGUGGUAGAAUCGUCAAAGAACAUCCUUGGGAUCGAAGUAGUAUGGAGGCUGAAGAGAGAAAUAGAUUGGUCCAAGCUGGGACUGAAUCAACUGAAGAUCUUUACGGAGGUUGGUAG